GGGACGAACCCUACCCGGCUGCGCCGCCGCCCAUUCGUGCAGGAGCUGGAGCUGCGCCGCCGCCGCUCUUCCAGGUGCAGGAGGGUCGCCGUCUGCCUGCCCAGCAAACCCGCCCGUCCGGCGACACCGCGUUCUCGCCUGCCCGCUGGUCCGGCGACACCGUCCGCCCGCCCGCUCGUUCUGGAGGGCAGCCGCCGCUCGUCUAGGAGAGCCACCGUCGCCGACUCACCGCAGACGCCGUCUGCCUGCCCGCGUACGCUCGUCCGCGAUGAGGGUGAAGAGGCGAUCGCGGCACCGCAAGGUGGUCAAGUUCUACUCCACCUGCUUUGGCUUCCGCGAGCCCUACAAGGUGCUCAUCGACGGCACCUUCGUGCACCACCUCCUCGUCCACAAACUCCUCCCCGCCGACGACGCCCUCCGCGAGCUCCUCUCCGCGUCCAGGGCUCCCCCGCUGUUGACCUCCAAGUGCGUCGUCGCCGAGCUCAGGCGCCUCGGAAAGUCCCACUCCGAGGCGUUCGACGCCGCCCAACUCGUCGCCACCGCCAGCUGUGAGCAUGACAAAGUGGUCAGUGCGGUGGACUGUAUUCUGUCACUUGUUGGUGAUAAGAAUCCGGAGCACUACUUUGUUGCCACCCAGGAUUCUGGUCUCCGGGCAAAGCUACGGGAGGUUCCAUGUGUUCCUGUGAUAUAUGGUCUGAAGAACUCCCUGUUUAUUGAGCAACCCUCCGUGCAGCAACGUCAGUUUGCUCAGUUGGAUGAGGAGAAGCGUAUACAUAUGGAAAAAUCAGAAUUUAAGAAGCUAUUAAAGGCGUCAUCUGAAGGAAAGACAUCUAUCAAUGGAAACACUCCCGGAGUGGUAGAGAAAAGCAAGUUUAAAAGAAACAGAGCAAAGGGCCCAAACCCACUCUCCUGCAAGAAAAAGAAACCAAAGCCCCAGCCAUCAGCUCCUCAAAAUCAGGGCCCGAAGACCGAUGGCGAUGCAAAGCGAAAAAGGGUUAGGAAGCGGAAGAGAAGCGCGAAAGGCAGUAGUCAAGCAGAGACAGCGAGUUGAUGGACCUACGAAGAAGUUGCAAACAACGGUUGGAUGGUGUUUGUUCAAGUGUCAUGCAUAAUCGUUAAAGAGCUUCAUAAAUCAUGCAUGACCGCUAGAGGAUUUUCACUUCAAAAUUUUGACAAUGUAAAACUAAUAGUUUGUUUGACCCUGUUUGGACCUGUA